UGUGAAAACUGAUAGUUAACAUGUUCUAUCGAACAUGCCUUUCCCUAGUCAAUAGUAGCAAGUGGAUAGUUCCUGCCAGAUGCCAUUCCGGGGGUACUGUUCAUGCUGCAGUCAUAUUCUCCUCACUUGACAAGAAAGCAACUAAAAGGAUAGAGGUUGUACAGAAUGACUUGACAAAGGAAAAUGUCGAUGCCAUUGUCAAUGCAGCAAACUCUUGGUUGAAACAUGGUGGAGGAGUCGCUGGGGCAGUUGUCAAAAGUGGUGGAGAUCAAAUCCAAAGUGAGAGUGAUGAGUUUGUGGCUAAGAACGGACCUGUCAAGACUGGCGAGAUUGCAGUAACUGGCCCUGGAAACCUUCCAUGUAAAAUUGUUAUCCAUGCAGUAGGCCCAGUGUGGGAAGGAGGCCAGAAAGAUGAAGAUAACAGCCUUCACACAGCGAUGUACAACUCCCUGACGGAGUGUCACUCAAGGCUUCUUAACAGUGUGGCUGUUCCCGCCAUAAGCAGCGGUAUUUUUGGCUUCCCGAAGGCGCGAUGCGCCAAAAUUCUGUUCUCUGCCGCGCUGGAAUUUUUCCGCGCGGAGGCUAAGAGCUCUGUUCAACUGGUUCGUCUUACAAACUUUGACAAGGCCACUGUGGAGGUGUUCAAGGAGGCUGCAGCUGAUCUUAAUGAUGAACCCGAUGUUAGAGUUCAGUUUGGUCAAAUAUCAUGAUUCUUAUUUAUUUAUUUCAGUGCUUGCUAGAUAUGCCCUGAAAAAAGCUCGUACUGUCACUGUGAGAUGUUUCAUCAUUUUGUCUAUUUACCUGUCAUCGGUGCUGAAAAAGUAACUUAGUCCAAGCCGUGACAUCAGUGAAAUCGGGCAGUUUUGCUCUAAGUUUUUCACGUGAAGGCAUCAAAUUCUAAAAUCAGAAAUCUUAAGGCCCUUCAAGUUUUGAUAUUUAUUGGCUAUAAUAGUAUAAGACUUAAAAAGUUUAUAUUUUCUAGCACGUUUUCAGCUCGAUAGCAACCUUUGGCUUGAAGGAAAAUCAUUUUUAAAAUCCAACUUUUCCAAGUUUAUAAGAAGGAUUGUGCCUCACGAGGUUGAACUGAUCGCAUGAAAUAACCGAAGUAAAUUCCAGAUGUUUUGAUUGAUGACUGUCCGCCAUGUUGGUGCCCCUCCGUAGGGCACAAAUAUGGCCUUUUUAUUUUUAACUCCAUAGAUUUUGAGAAACUUCGCAUGUGACGGAUUACUAGGCUCGAUUUCCGCCGCUCUCUCGUGUCUGAUCUGCGUCCCUUCCCUAAAAUUUUUGGUGACAGUUAGUCUGCUGGCAGCCGGUUUUUUCCCGUAGGGUCACUUAGACGAGUGUUUAGUCAUCGCGAACGCAAAAGGGCAGUACGGCGGUGGCCGAGUGGCCAUUCCCCUUUACGCUGAAGCGUCAUUCCUCAAAACCCUUGCUGAAUUUCGAGAGAAAAACAGACUGCCAGCAGUCUAGGUGACAGUGUGCGGCCCGAACCUUGAAAACUGUACCCUAUUUUAGACCAAAAUCUGCAAUUUUACAUACCCUAUUUCGGACCGGAACGAAACAUCGAUACCCCUCUAAUAUGUUGCAGCAAUAACCAGAAAUGGCUUCCAUUUGGGUAAGCAUUUGAGAAGGACUACAAAUUUGCCAAUGUUGAUGCAAAAAAAAAAAGACAAUAGUUCCUUGAAAACAAAAUACCCAGUGCCUAGCCAGAGUGAAAAACAUGCCCUGUUUCGGACAAAAAUGGUCAAAAUCUCUACCGUUGGGCCGCAGACCUAUAGAGCCCAUAUACUGGAGUACCCCUCCCCGGGUUAGGGUUAGUUACGCUAAAUUUAAUUCAGUAGAUAUGUAGAUAUUUUCAAGAACCAUUGUUGGUUAACGGCGACAUGUGCACUAAAGUGACCUCCACGUGUUCACGCUCUUUGUACAGCGAGAUUAAUAAAAGAUAUAUUUUUCAAACAAA